AUGUCGACCUCUGCUCGUCGCCGUCUCAUGCGCGAUUUCAAGCGCAUGCAAACCGAUCCUCCCGCUGGUGUUUCCGCUUCUCCCGUUGCAGACAAUGUUAUGACUUGGAAUGCUGUCAUUAUUGGUCCCGCCGACACACCGUUUGAGGACGGCACUUUUCGCUUGGUGAUGAACUUCGAGGAGCAGUAUCCUAACAAGCCUCCUGGAGUCAAAUUCAUCAGCCAGAUGUUCCAUCCAAAUGUCUAUGGUACAGGUGAACUUUGCCUGGACAUUCUUCAGAACCGAUGGAGUCCAACAUAUGACGUAGCAGCAAUUCUGACCAGCAUCCAAAGUUUACUCAAUGACCCCAACACCUCAUCUCCAGCCAAUGUCGAAGCCUCAAACCUCUACAAAGACAACCGCAAAGAAUAUGUUAAGCGUGUGCGUGAGACUGUUGAGAAGAGCUGGGAAGACUAA